GUCAGGGUGACUGUCAGUGUGAGAGCAAAUGCGCCGCGCCGGUCUACGCCGCAGCUUGAAGCGAUGACGCUUGGAUUUGGGUGGCUGGUGCCGUGUCCAUUGUCUCGCACACUCAUCUCCGUACUCGCCUUCCACCACCUCCACGCCUCCCAUGGCAUCCUCUGAGCUGCUAGCCCAGAUCCAGGCCGGCAAGAGACUCAAGAAAUCCGUCACUAAUGACCGCAGUGCACCCGCUGUCGAAACCCCCAAGGGUGGGGGCGCAGGAGGAAGGUUGGCCAGCUCGGGAGGAGCACCAUCCAUCUCACCGUCGCCGUCUGCGUCAGGAGGGCCUCCCCAACUCGGCUCACUUUUCGCGGGAGGCGUGCCGAAAUUGAAGCCUGCUGGGCAAUCGAGUGCAGCGAAACCUCCAACACUAGGUAAACCGCCUUCUAUCCCUCAUCGCUCUGCUGUCCCGUCAGCGCCGCCGGCUCCUCCAGCACGGUCAACACCCGCCCCACCUCCGCCCAAUAGACCUAGUCCCGCGAGGCCUGCCGCACCGCCUCCUCCUGCUCCCAGCGCACCCACUCCCCCGAACAGACCAGCUCCAAGUUUGCCGUCUAGAUCAGUCCCAGCGCCUCCUACAGGGCCACCUACGCCUCCACGGAGAGCUCCCCCUGCUAUCAAUGGCUCAUCGUCGCUCGCGCCUCCUUUGCCCUCUCGUACUGCGUCUGCCGCCUCUACGCGCUCCGUGCCCGAUAUCCCGCCGCGACCAUCAUCCGCUGCGCCGCAUGUACCCGCUCGCAAGGUACCUCCAACCUCCCAUGGACCCGGCAGGGCACCCCCACCUCCACCUGCGAGGCCAUCCAGUUUGAAGCCAGAUGGCACGGGGCGUGCUGUCCCCCCUCCACCGCCAGCACGAAGACCCGUGAGCAUGGCUGCCCCUCCUGCGCCUCCUCCGAGAUCGCGCGCGGUAUCCGACGAGGGAUUGCGCGCCCCCUCACCGACAGCUCGUCCUGUCCGAGCGCCCCCAGGUCCGCCCCCGCCCCCGCCUGGUCCCUCUCCUGCAGCGCGGCAAUCCCUUGCGCCUCCCCCUCCUCCGCCUGGCCCAUCGCCUGCACGAUCCAGGACGAUGUCCACCCCCAGUGCACCACCUUCGGCUCCUCCCAGCAGAAUGCCCUCUGCUUUAGCGAGCGCUCUGACUGCCGCGUCCACUGCGCCGCCCUCAGUGACAGUCAAUGGCAAUGGGCGCCGUAAGAUACCUUCGCCGCCGCCGCUUGCGGGAUCACAUACAUUCUCGGUGACCGGGUUCCCGCCACCGCGGCCGUUCAAUCCAAGCGCCAAACGCUAUGGAGGCGGUCGACAGAAAGGCAGCGAUUUUGAUCUGGGUCUACUGUAA